AAUCGAAGUCCCGUGAUUUCGCGACCGCCGAACUCCAAUUCAAUUAAAAAAACGGCAACCCCACGUCAUAUGUCUCUUAGCAACGCGUUCGUUCCUCCCUUUUCACAUGCAAGCAUAUCGCAAUUUCCACCGUUUUUCUUCCUCCAAAUGCUCAAGCUUGUCAAUUUUCAGAAUUCUAGACAAAGCUCUUCCUCUGCAUUCGAAACUGUGUAUACGAUUGAUGUCCGAUAUGGCAGGCUCGCCACCGCCCAGCAAAGAUGGCGGUGCGAGCAAGCGAAAGGCGACUGACAAGCCUAUAUCGCCGCCCCCUGUCAAGCGCAAGGGACAGAGCGCCAUCUCUAAGGGUGCCGUAGCUAGCUUCUUCACUCCGACGUCACAAAAACCGAAGGAUCGCACCGUCUGGAUGGAGCGAGGCAAGGACUCGUCUCCUGCUACGCUGCUCGUGGGCCGCUUUGAGCCGGAGUCCGGGGAACCGCAGGAUAGAAAGAAGCGGAGGAAGAUUGCCGCGUUUGAUCUCGACUCUACGCUUAUCGUCACCUCGUCUGGAAAGAAAUUCGGUAAUGAUCCUGCCGAUUGGAAGUGGUGGGAUCCGUCGGUUCCUACGCGAUUGAGAAAGAUGUAUACGGAAGAAGAUUACCGCGUCGUUAUAAUCAGCAAUCAAGCUGGCUUGACUCUCCACGUGGACCCAAAUUCAAAGGGGCCCAAGAACGCUGGGAAAGCUAAGGUAGCCAACUUCAAACAGAAGUGUGCGGCGAUAUUAGCACAGCUCAACAUACCAACAUCCGUUUACGCUGCUACGGCGCGGGAUGAAUACCGUAAGCCCCGCAUAGGGAUGUGGAAAGAACUCUGCAAUGACUACGAUAUCCCAGAGGACGAGGUCGACUUACAAAACAGCGUCUUCGUGGGCGAUGCAGGUGGGCGUACAGCGCGUGUUCUUAGCGAGGGCGGCGCGACAGCCAAGGACUUCAGCUGUUCGGAUCGCAAUUUUGCGCAUAAUGUUGGUAUCGCGUACAAGACACCGGAGGAAUUCUUUUUAGACGAACCGCCACGCGAAUUUGCGCGUGAUUUUGACUUGGCGACAUAUCCCUAUGAGCAAGAGGAAGAAGGAAAGGAGAAGGAAGUCUUGUUCGAGAAGACAAAUAAGCGAGAUAUUGUGCUGUUCUGUGGUCCGCCAGGUGCCGGCAAAAGCACAUUUUACUGGAAACAUCUCAAACCCCUCGGCUACGAGCGCGUGAAUCAGGAUACUCUGAAGAGCCGAGCUAAGUGCUUCAAGGCUGCGGCUGGGUUCUUGGAGGAUGGUUGUCCGAUUGUCAUAGAUAACACGAAUCCUGAUCUGGAGGGGAGAAAGGAGUGGAUUGAGCUCUCGCGGAAACAUGACCUUCCCAUCCGCUGCGUCUGGUUCAAGAUCCCGAAGGCACUCUGCGAACACAACGAUGCCGUGCGAGCGUUGAAUAAAUGCUUGAAUCCCGAAACACGCUCUGCGCUGCCCCCUCUCGCAUUCAAUGGAUUCUUCUCGCGUUUGCGCGAGCCCACGGUGAAGGAGGGAUUCCAGCACGUCUUGCCCAUAGAGUUCAAGUUUCGCGGUACGGAGGAGGAGUACGCAAUAUGGGCCCAGUACUGGAGCUGAUGUAUAUGUUUUCAGUGUUUGAUGUGAAAUAAUAAUGUGGUGGCAUUGCUACCUCCCUCCCCUUGUUGUAAAUCACAGCGAGCUUAUAUUUUGAAAUAUCCCCUCAGUGAUAUACACAACUUCGCUUGUAAUUGAGCAGCGUGGAAGAUAUAUAUCAUUACUUUAUGAAUCUUUGGAGACACUCGAGUUCUGCCCGGUUAAGCAAUUGGGAAAGUACCUUGCCACAGAAUAAAAAGCAACUGGGUAAUAGCUACAGACUCAUGUAGAUAGAACACUAAGG